AUGGAACGUGUCUCAAAGGGAUCACUAGGUUACUUGGAUUGCCUAUCGACCAAGGAUCCUUAUCUUUAUGUAGAGUACAAGAUAGAUGACCAACAUCGCUUGGGCCCCAUCUACUGGGUAGACGAAGACAAUAGAAGGGGCUACAUGCUAUUCGGUGAGGCAAUUGCUUUUGAUUCGACUUACAAGACCAACAAGUAUAAUAAGCCAUUGGUAAUUAUUGUCAGCGUCAAUCAACACUUUGAGACAUGUGUUUUUGGAUUAGCAUUGAUUUUGGAUGAGUCAGAAGAUGCAUUUUUUUGGUUGUUGAGGGUGUUCCUAUACUGCAUGGGCAACAAAAAAUCGAAAGUAGUUCUCACUGAUGGUGAUGACAGAAUUGCUCUUGCCAUUCGCUAUUUCUUACCGUCUUCAAAUCAUCGAAUUUGUGCGUGA